ACUUUUUCUUCCCUUGCAUACCAGUAUUUUAGUUUUAAUGGAUAUAGGAGGAUUAAACUUUCCAACUUCUUUUUAGUUUUCGCUUUUGGUCGGAGUUACAGUGUUUUAUUUUUGGCAAGAGCUCUACAGGGUAUCGGCUCGUCAUGCUCGAGCGUGUCUGGUAUGGGAAUGUUAGCGGAAAGGUAUCCGGACGAUAAAGAAAGAGGUAACGCCAUGGGCAUAGCCCUAGGGGGCUUAGCCCUUGGGGUCCUUGUGGGGCCACCUUUUGGGGGUUUCAUGUACGAAUUUGUCGGAAAAUCCGCCCCUUUCUUAGUACUCAGCGUUCUAGCACUCGGAGAUGGACUACUGCAAUUGUUAAUGUUACAACCAGCCGUAACUCUACAAGAGGUCGAGGCACCAUCUUUGAAAGCCCUAGUUAGCGACCCUUAUAUAUUGAUCGCUGCAGGGGCAAUAACAUUUGCUAACACCGGUAUAGCAAUGUUGGAACCCUCUCUGCCGAUAUGGAUGAUGGAUACAAUGGGUGCCGAAAGAUGGAAGCAAGGGGUGACAUUUCUACCUGCCAGCAUUUCAUAUUUAAUCGGGACAAAUCUUUUCGGUGCCCUAGGGCAUAGGAUGGGUCGCUGGCUGGCGGCUCUUUUGGGCCUAGUAAUUAUUGGAAUAUGCCUAAUAUGUAUACCUCUCGCGACCAAUAUAAACCAUUUAAUUGUGCCAAAUGCUGGUCUGGGAUUCGCUAUGGGUAUGGUGGACAGUUCUAUGAUGCCUGAGCUAGGGUUUUUGGUCGACAUUCGUCAUUCAGCAGUGUACGGGAGCGUAUACGCCAUCGGCGAUGUUGCUUUUUGCUUAGGCUUCGCCAUUGGGCCGGCCUUAAGUGGGACUCUCGUAAAAAGUAUUGGAUUCGAAUGGAUGCUUUUUGGUAUAGCAAUUUUGAAUUUUAUGUACGCCCCAAUGCUAAUGAGUUUGAAAAGUCCACCAACAAAAGAAGAAAAAAAGAAUUUGCUACAUGGGGGUGAAAAAUCGUCAGUGCGCUAUGUGACAUACCAGAACGAAGAUGAUACCGAGUGAUUUCCUAACUUUACCGACACAUAUAUUUAAACAAAAUCAUAUAUAACCCACCACCAAUAUACUAACCGUUCUAAUAGGUGCAAUAUUAUAUUUACCAUGAUAUAUUAUAUAUUACAUGUAAACGAUGAAGACUCGUUAAAAUAAAUUUCACGGUCAGAACAAAAAUUAUAAAUUCGGAGGGUCCUCGUCAGAGACCGUUGUGAAUGGCUGCACUUCAGUCUGUUCCCUCGAAGAGGGAGACGAGGCAAUAAGAUGCCUUCCCCUUUUCGACCUCUAACCCCUCAUGAUGUUAUUGCAAUUAAGUCAAGAGUCUUCAUCCCCCCCUCCAAUUGUCGGUCAAUGGAUGCUAUUUACUCAUUAUAUAUAUAUAGAAUACAAUAUAUUACAUAACAUUAUUAUCUUAGACGUACUUGUAUCUUUAGAUAUGUAUGUAGUUGAAUAAUGUGACACAUGUUAAUGAUUAAUCACUGAAAUGAUAUUUUAUUAAUUGUUGUUUGUAUUAAAUUUACGAAUUGCUGAGCCAAUCAAAGACGCAGCAAAACUUGGCAACAACGCAAGUUAAGUUCCGCCCCCUCUCUUGAAUGUUGUUAAAAGUACGGGGUCACUUAUUAAAAGUAUAGCACUCAAUCGCGCGGCUCGCUAAUGCAAACCAAGUGGCCAGUGUUUUAAAGGCCCUGCUUUUAUAUGCUUUUCGUUUCUAGGGGCGUUGCUUAAAACUGUCAAACGUCUAUUUAGCCGGCUGCGCGCGCAUAACUUGCAUUAACAAGCCACGCCUUACGAAGCGCUUCUUAAAUGUUACGUACGUACAAUACACUAAAUAACUAAUACGUAUAUAGGAAUUCUGUUGUAAUUGUUGUGUAUUAUUAUUCUCUAUGGUAACCAAUACAUAAUAUACUGUUCGGUCGUUGUUUUAUGCUAUAAAAGAAAGUUUUUUGUAUUCACGCCGCAAUAUUACUACUUCAAAAGAGCUACUCCUUAGCUCCAUAGAAGAUUAUUGUGAGAAGACAAUAAUCGUCCGUGUUACUCUUCAAAAAUAUUAAUUAGUUAAUUAAAAAAAGUCGCUUAAAAGCUGGUAAGGGUCCGAACAACAACAGCAAGCGUGAAAACGCUGACUUGUCUUAGUGUUUAGUCAAAAUGAUUAUUAUAUCAUCAUUACAUUAUGUAUUAUUGUCAUUAUUACUCCUUUGUGUAAAUGUUGGUGUUAAUAAGUGUUUUAGGGAAAAUGGAAGUAAUCUGCUGCAUGCUAAAAUUGUAUAAGUACAUUAAUAACAGCAGUUUGUCUACAAGUCUACAUAUUUAUUAAAUUAAAUUAAUAUAAAUGUAAUUGUAAACUUGUGCGUAGGAAACUAUCCCUUAUUAAUAAUAUUGUUAA